CAGGUUACUGCCUUAGUCUCCUACAGUAUAAAGAGGGGCAGAGAGUUCCGAACAUGAAGCAAACCCGCGGCCUCCAUCCUCUCUCUGCUCGUUUAGGGUUUCUCUCCCCUCUUUCUCUCUCGAGAAAUGGCUUUGUCUAGUCUCUCUUCUCCACGGAACUAUUUCCAAAAAACGCUACGCUUAUCUGCUAACUCCACCAAAGCUACUGGAAGUUCCCCAAAGGUUUCCAUGACCUCCACAACUUAUACCGAAGUAAGCACUCAUAAGAAGCCUUUCAGACCUCCACAUGAAGUAGAAAAUCAAAUAAUUCAUUCCAUGCCAUCAGAAAAGAUGGAGAUAUUCAAGUCCUUAGAUAAGUGGGCAGAGCAGAACAUACUGACUCAUCUGAAACCAGUGGAGAGCUCAUGGCAACCUCAGGACUUCUUACCUUCUCCUGCAUCGAGUGAGUUCUAUGAGCAAGUGGAGGAACUGAGGAAGAGGGCUAAAGAGAUCCCUGAUGACUACUACGUAUGCUUAGUUGGGGACUUGAUCACAGAGGAAGCUCUUCCAACUUACCAGACAAUGCUGAACACCUUUGACGGUGUGAGGGAUGAAACAGGGGCAAGCCUCACAUCCUGGGCUAUUUGGACGAGAGGAUGGACUGCAGAAGAGAACAGGCAUGGGGACUUGCUUAAGCAGUAUCUUUAUCUUUGUGGAAGAGUGGAUAUGAGGCAGAUCGAGAAGACGAUACAGUAUCUAAUUGGUUGUGGGAUGUACAUAAACACAGAGAACAGUCCAUACAAAGGGUACAUAUACACGUCCUUCCAAGAGCGCGCCACUUACAUCUCACACGGCAACACGGCCCGCCACGCCAAGCUUUACGGCGACCUCAAACUAGCUAAGAUCUGCGGCACCAUCGCCGCAGACGAGAAGCGGCACGAGGCGGCCUAUUCGAAGAUCGUCGACAAGCUCUUCGAGCUCGACCCCGAUGGAGCCGUCAUCGCCUUCGCCGAUAUGAUGAAGAACAAGAUCACCAUGCCGGCUCACCUCAUGUUCGACGGCCGCGACCACCGCCUCUUCCACCAUUUCAGCGCGGUUGCUCAGCGCCUGGGAGUUUACACGGCUAAGGACUACGCAGAUAUUACGGAGUUUUUGGUUGGGAGGUGGAAGGUGGAGAGCCUCGUGGGUCUAUCUGAUGAGGGGCGGAAGGCGCAGGAUUUUGUGUGUAGGUUGGCGCCCAGGUACAGGAAGCUAGAGGAGAGAGCACAAGGACGGGCUAAACAGGGCUUCAGUACUGUGCGUUUCAGUUGGAUUUUCGACAGAGAAGUACAGGUAUGAGCUGUGGAAAUUUCCUGUGCUGUUCAAGAUAGGAAAUUUCUUAUAAAUCGGUUGUUAUAUAAUAUUAUGUUAAUUGAUGAAGAUUAAAGAUGUUGUGACUUCUUGAGACUCUACUUGAAUAGUAUUUAAAUACAGAAUAUGUAAUAUGACUGGUGUAUAUUGCGCUUCAUUAUAAUUAAGAUUUUGUUUUA